AUGGUGCUACCUCGCCAGACCUUGCGCGUGCCUCAUCUGGGAGGAAUCGACGUGGGCUACCGCCUCUCGUCGUCUCGUCCCGACCCUUCCAAGCCAACGCUGGUCCUGAUCAUUCCAUUCACGACCACUGUCGACUACUAUCUUCCCGAAUUCGAGAACCCGGCGCUUACGGACAAGCUGAACCUGCUUGCCAUCGAGCCUCUGGGACAUGGCGCCACUAAAACGAAGAGCGAGACCUGGACCUACUGGGACACGUCCAUCAUGGCCCUGCAGCUCCUGCAGGCUCUCGGAAUUGACCGAGCGUUCGCCAUGGGGACAUCCCAAGGGGGCUGGAUCGCGAUACAAGGACUCGUGCUUAUCGGCACGUCCAUGGACUCGGAAUCUCCCAAGAGCCGGGAACUAGGUUGCUGGGACGGCCCGGCGGCCACUUCAGGCUUCGUCAAGCUCGGUGGUGAUCCCACGCCGCAGCCGGCAACCUUUGAGCCCGGCGACGACUACUACAAUUUCCUUAUGGACAUUGGCUACGGCAAGAAUGUCGACGCCGCCAAGAAAGCGUUCUGGGUCAACACCAUCAGGAACCAUUACCGGGGGGAUGAAGGCAAGAAGCGGAUCUGUAUGGCAGCGAUUAACCUCGCCAGCCGAGAUGGAUUGUAUGAAAGAUUGCCUUACGUCAAAUGCCCGGUUCUGUGGUUGCAGGGCACCGACGACGUCGUGUUCAGCGUUGCAAAUGCCCAGGAGGGCAUCAAGUACUUCACCAAUUCUCCGGAGGCCAAGCUCAUUCCGAUGGAGAAGGGGGUCCACUUCCUUAGCUAUACUCAUCAGAAGGAGCUGCACCGCGACAUUCUCGAGUUUACUGACCGCUGGAGACGCUACACUGUUAAGCUGUAA